AUGGAAGUGAAGGUGUCAGUGGACGGCGUCCAGCGGGUGGUCUGUGGAGUGACAGAGGAAACAACAUGCCAGGAAGUGGUCGUAUCGUUGGCUCAAGCCCUGAGUCAGCCCGGACGCUACAUUUUACGGGAGAAAUUCAAAGACUUCGAGCGUUGCAUGACCCCCGACGAACGCCUGCUGGAGACCCUUGAGAAAUACGGCGAGCAGGCCCGGGAGGUCCAGCUCACCCUGCUCCACAAUGGACCCUGUGUCUGGGAUGAAAUGAGCAGAACAAAAGUUGGCAGAUACCAGCCUUGCCCGCCCCUGAGAAGGAAGGAUGCAGCGGCUCGAAUGCGGCGAGGCAGCGGUUCACUGAGUUUGCAUCGCCAGAGCUUGCCGCCGCUGCCUUGCUCAAGGCAAGAAGCCGAGCCCCAGAAAGAGGACCUGAAGAAGCCUAAAAGAAAGUCUCUGACGCUCAUGGAAGAGGCCUGGGAAUGGCUGGAGAAUCUGGGUAAAGGCAAGGUCUACAGUACCGCCUGUGACAAGAACAGCAAGAGAAUCGAUAAACGGAACCAUACCUCCGUCGAUGUGUCUCUCACUGGUGACAAAGAUAGCUUGGGUCGAAGAAGUAGGAGCAAAGUCAGAGGUCAGAAAAGUAUCAAGUCAGACUUGGACAAUCAAACGUCCUGCUGCAUUGGAAGUCAGACGAGGGGCAAAGAAAGCAAACGCUGCAAGAAGAGCAAAGAGGCAAAAGCUGAUGAUGACCUUUGCCGCUCAAGUCUAGUUGCAGCUGAAGAUGAAAAAAAUAGUCUCAAAGAAACAGUCAUUCGUCAGCUCAGUUGUUUGCAGGAUCUGCAGCUCCACACAGGCCGCAUAGACAAACUGAUUUCUGAGCUUGAGGAGAGACAGAGGGCUGAAAGAGCAGAGCAGGACGCCCAGCAGAGACUGGCUGAACAGGAGAUGGAGCAGAUCAAGUUUUGGGAAAAUGAAUUAAAGGCGGAGGAAGGUCACGAGAAAGACUUGCAGAGACAGUUCCUGGAGAUGAGGGCGAAGGCUGUUGAGUGCAAAACCAAACUGGAGGAGUACAAGUGCAAAAUGCAGGGGCUUGAUUUCUUUGCCCCUCAAAACUUUGUUGAAGAGGAUUCAGAGAUGAUUUCAAAAGUGGAUGGUGGUGCUGCCACUGAGUUUUCCUCUAAGGACGCAUAUCAGCAACGAUCUGAUCCAGAUGGGGAUGUUUAUGUUAACAGGAAGUUCCUGCCCAGAGAAGACUUCGACUCUCCUCGUGCUCUGGUUUCUCCCAACCAGAUAAAAGAGCGGCGGCCCACAGGCCCCACAGAGCUCAGGGAGUGGUGGACACGCUGGUCUGAAGCCCAAAACACUCAAUUACAGACUAAAAAGAAGGUGAUUCACCGCACUGAACUCACAAUAUAUCUGGGGAGCACUAAGGUUUAG